GGAACAUUCAACCAGUAAACUUUGUACUCUCCGUCCAUCCAUAAGUGUAUCGAAAUGAAGUUUACGAUACUGGUGGCAUCGGUGGCUGUCGUCAUCUCGGCAACACUGGCGCUGGAGUUCGAAAGCAGAAAGCUGCACCCGAACACCGAGCACGAUGACGGAGGGCUGUCGAUGCUGGAGCAAACGCCGGCCGAAGAUCGUCAGUGGCAGGCGGUGAAGAAGCACGAGAAGCGCCAAACCGGCAAGAAAAUCCACAUCUUCCUCGGCAAGCCGAAGGGCAAAAAGUCCAAGAAGCACGCGAACGGUGACGGUGAGCCGGAAACGCAAACGCGCAAAACGCCCGAGCUUACGACGCGUUCGGACAAGGGCGUGAUCGAUACGACUUCGGACGCGCCGGAUGCGGCCGUUGGCGAGAGUCAGCACUACGAGAUCGGCGAGCACAACAUCGUGAAGGAGAAGAUCAAGAUCAAGCACCAUCACCAUCAUCACCAUCACAAUCACGUCAAGACCGUGGUCAAGAAGGAACCGUACCCGGUGGAAAAGGUCGUCCAGGUGCCGGUGGAGAAGAUCGUCCACGUCCCGAAACCGUACCCGGUGGAGAAGAUUGUCGAGAAGGUUGUCCAUGUGCCGGUGGAGAAGAUUGUGCACGUUCCAAAGCCCUACCCGGUGGAGAAGAUUGUCGAGAAGGUUGUACACGUGCCGAAGCCCUAUCCGGUGGAAAAGAUCGUUGAGAAACCGGUGCACGUUCCGAAGCCUUAUCCGGUGGAGGUGAAAGUACCGUAUCCGGUGGAGAAGAUCGUGCACGUGGACAAACCGUACCCGGUGGAGAAGAUUGUCGAGAAGGUAGUGCACGUCCCAAAACCGUAUCCCGUGUACAAACAGGUUCAGGUUCCUGUUCCGGUUGAAGUGAAGGUUCCGUACGAAGUCCCGAAGCCCGUACCCUAUCCAGUGGAGAAGAAGGUUCCGUAUCCGGUUGAGGUAAAGGUGCCGGUUGAGGUUGAGAAGAAGGUUCCGGUUCCGGUGAAGGUUGAGGUUGAGAAGAAGGUUCCAUACCCGGUGAAGGUGUACGUACCACAACCCUACCCAGUGGAGAAGAAGGUUCCCUAUCCAGUUCCAGUCAAGUCCGGUUCCUUCCCAUUCCCCUUCGACAAGGAUAUUUCGAGCUACUCGAACACGAAACUGCAUCCGUUUGAAUCGCAACAGCACGAAGAAUAUGCCGGAUCGGAGGAUAGCUAUCGUCGCACAAUUAAGACCGGUUACAAGAAGGGCAAAGGCAAGAAAUCGAAAAAGACGGAACAGCAAUCUCAACAACACCAGUCGAGCGCACCGGUGACGGAGGAUAACAGUGAAACGGGACAGACGGGCAUGGGAGCCUCCUACUCGUCACUGAGCACCGGUACUGAUCAUGGCGCUCAUUACACGCAGACCACCAUCUACCACGGACAUCAGUCCCAAGCACAGCAGCAACACCAGCAUGAACAGCAGCAGCAGCAGCAGCAGCAGCAGCACCAGCAGCAACAGCAGCAAGCUCACCAAGCUCUUCUACAGCAGCACCAGGACCAGAUCCAGCAGUAUCACCAGCAACAGCAACAACAGCAACAACUACAGCAGCAGCAGCAACAACAACAACAGUACGGUAGCCAAGAUGCCACUAGCUACUUCAACCAGCAGCUCAUCCACUACGGCCAGCAGGCCAAGUACGGGCCAUCCACCUUUCCGAGCCAAUCCUCGCAAGGAGUCGAUUACGGAACUGCACCUCAAUCGUCCGGUCAGGAUGGUAGCCAGUACGGCCAGUACGAUCACUACGGUUCCGGCUCGAAUCACCAGGAAGUGAUGGUGACGCCACCGUCCGCUGGGGCCGCUUCCGGAAUGCAUCAUCCCACCGGCUAUGGACAGCAGCAGCAGGCAACGUACGCUCUGACAGCACCCUCCAAUCCGGGCGGUAGCUUCCAGCUCGAGUCACAGCCCCAACCAUUCCAGCUGCUCCAAUUGGCACCGUUCCAGUACCAGACGCCUACCGGAUUUUCGCUGCCAACUGCCAGAUAAAGGCGU